GCGGGGCGGGCCCGCGCUCCGGGCGGCGGCGGCGGCAGCGACGGCGGCCGGGCCCGCGCCAUGAGCAUCGAGACGCUGCUGGAGGCGGCGCGGUUCCUGGAGUGGCAGGCGCAGCAGCAGCAGACCGCACGUGAGGAGAAUGAGAAGCAUGAGAAGCUCUGCGUGGAGAGGGAGCAGGAGCAGAAGAAGGCGGGCAAGGCCAGCGUGCCCCGGGCCAACAGCGCCCUGUCCCCAGAGGAGCCCCGGAGCGAACUGCUGGUGCCCAUCUCCCCGCCGGGCGCCGUGCCCCUGCCGCCGCCGCCCCUGGCAGCUCCCAUCUCGGUCAUUCCCAUCCCCGUGGUCACCAGUUCCCCGCAGCAGGCCGCGCAGACCGCCCUGUCGCCGCCGCUGGUGCAGCGCCACCAGCCCCUCGUAAGCACUCCCAGCGUGCCCAAGGAAGCGCCCUCGGUGGCGCCGGUGAUCCAGCGGCCGCCGGGGCCGCACCUGCCGGACGGGAAGGCGGCCACGCCGCCCUCGGGCAGCCCCAAGCAGCUGCCGCACUACGCGGCGCCCGUGCUGGCCAUCUCCCAGCACCAUGUGGUGCCGCAGCCCAUCCAGCCCCUGCAGCACCCGGCAGCGCCCGCGCCCCUCGGCGCCCUCAAGCUGGCGCCCGCCGACGACAUGAAACCCAUCGAGCUCAAGAAGAGAAUUGGAGGGGUUGGGACCAGGGAAGUACAUAAUAAAUUGGAGAAGAACAGACGUGCUCAUUUGAAAGAGUGCUUUGAGACAUUAAAGCGCAACAUCCCCAACGUGGAUGACAAGAAGACCUCAAACCUCAGCGUCCUCAGGAGUGCCUUGCGAUACAUCCAGACUUUAAAGAGGAAGGAAAAAGAAUACGAACACGAGAUGGAGCGGCUGGCGAGGGAGAAGAUCGCUACGCAGCAGCGGCUGGCAGAACUGAAGAACGAGCUGAGCCAGUGGAUGGAUGUCUUGGAGAUUGACAGAAUCAUUCGGCAGACAGUUCAGCCAGAGGAUGACCAGGCAUCUACCUCGACAGCAUCAGAGGGUGAAGACAACAUGGAUGAAGAUAUGGAGGAUGACAGGCCAGUGAACUCGUUACCAAAACUCACCCAGCGCCAGCACCCGGAGCUGCUGAAAGCCGUCCCCCCCAGUGCCGCUGCCCCCCUGCCCGCGGUCCUGCCCCCGCACGUGUCCAUCCAGCAGAAGCCCCACGCCCAGCCCUCCCUGCAGCCGCAGGCACUGGUGCCGCCGCAGGCCAUCGUCCCCGCACAGACUCACAUCGUGGCGGCCUCGACCGUGCAAUCGACUGUUAUCGCCCACACGGCCACCACCCACGCCUCGGUCAUCCAGACUGUCAACCACGUCAUUCAGGGGCCACAGACCAAGCACAUUGCUCACAUUGCACCUUCCACAUCCAGCCCCGUGCAACUCACCACUGCUGCUCAGCCCAUCGGCCACAUCACUGUGCACCCGGCCACCAUCAACCACAUGGCCCACCUGGGCCCGCAGCUGCCCAUCUACCCCCAGCCCGUGGCCGUCAGCCAGCCCGUGGUGAGCCACAUCGCCCACACCAUCUCGCACCAGCAAGUGAACGGCACGGCGGGCCUGGGCCAGCCGGCCGUGAUGGCCAAGCCGGCCGUGGGAACCCAGGUCAUGCAUCACCCGCAGCUGGUGGGCCAGACGGUCCUAAACCCCGUGACUAUGGUGACCAUGCCGUCGUUCCCGGUGAGCACGCUGAAGCUGGCCUAGAGGGGACGCUCCACGGCGAGCUCUUGUUGGGAACCUUUCCUAAGGAAACUCCGUACAUUCCAACCACGCCCGGCCCGCGGGAGGAGGCGCGGAACGCCCAGGGCGGCGGGGCCGGGCCAUGCGGGUGCCCGGGCUGUCCCCGGUGCCCGGCCUGCCCCCGUGCCCGGCC